GCUCCUCCGGAAGAAUCCCAAGGCGUUCCCAGGCCAGCCGAGAGACAUAGUCCCUCCAGCGUGUCCUGGGUCUUCCCCGGGGCCUCCUCCCGAUAAAUAUAUCAAAGCAGAAAAUCUGUGGAUUGUUUUCGCUCCCUUCUGUAUUAGCAGUCCGGGACGCCUCUGCUGCCGUGAGAGAUGACAGGAGACCGGGUGGUCGUGGUGGGGGCCGGGGUGGUCGGGCUCUCCACCGCCGUCUGCAUCGCGGAGUCGCUGCCUCUCUGCUCAGUGACGCUGCUGGCGGAGAAGUUCAGCCCGGACACCACCAGUGACGGAGCUGCCGGCAUCGCGUUUGCUGCUCCAUUUCCUGAUAUUCCUCUGGGAAGACAACGGCGCUGGUUCAAGGACAGCUUUGACCACCUUCUGGCUAUCGCACAAUCUCAGCACUCUCCGGAUGCUGGCGUAAUACUCAGCUCUGGCUGGCAGAUUUUUAAGGAGGUCCCAGCCACCAAGGAGCCAUACUGGUCAGACUUAGUGAUUGGCUUCAGAGCCAUGACUGACCGUGAACUGAAACGUUUUCCGGACCACAAGUUCGGACAAGCGUUCACUACUGUAAAAUGUGAAUGCUCCAGCUACCUCCCUUGGCUUGAGGAAAGGUUUAGAAAAGCUGGAGGCCGGGUGGAGCAGAGGAGAGUCAGCAGUCUCCAGGAGUUAGGCGACGGUUUUGACCUCAUCGUCAACUGCUCCGGUCUCGGCUCCAGAGCGCUGGUGGGAGACGCAGGGGUGUACCCGGUCAGGGGCCAGGUCCUCAAGGUGGAGGCCCCCUGGUUGACGCACUUCAUCAGGGACGGGGACGGGAAGACCUACAUCUACCCCGGCGUCCACAGCGUCACCAUAGGCGGGACGAGACAGGAGGGAGACUGGCGCCUCCAUGUGGACGGAGGAGACACCGCCAGCAUCCUGGAGCGCUGCGGCAGGCUGGAGCCGUCCCUGAAGAAAGCGAAGGUUCUGGCCGAGUGGGUCGGGUUGAGGCCAAGCAGGAGGAACCCCAGGGUGGAGAGGGAGAAGGUGCUCCUGCAGGGCCGCGGCGUGCCGGUCGUUCACAACUACGGCCACGGGGGCUGGGGGGUCACCAUCGCCUGGGGUACGGCUUUGGACGCCCUGGGGCUGGUCAGACAGAGCCUGAAAGAAAUGCCUCAGGCUAAGCUGUAGGCUAAACUAGUAUGGCACUAAAACACGUCUUUACUAGAGACAGAACAUCCUGGCAUCAUGUUUAUCACCACAUAAUAUCACCAUCCAU